ACUUUAACUUCUACUGUCGGCUAGUUCGUAUGUAGACCCAAUAUUUUUUUCUUUUCUUCUUUUCCUUAUGUUUUUCGAAUGCCGUUGAAAGGAACCUUCGAAAUCGACGGCGGCCAGCUACUAGUUAGUACAAAUAUUUCCGGAGAGAACAUUUUAUCAAGCCUUUGCCAUUUCCUCAACUCACCGACCGAACAUCUAAUCUGGAAGAGGAUGGAAUAUUUACAACUUGUUCUGCCAUUGGUCGUCGUUAUCCUCAUUCUAACAGUUCUCUGCGCGGCACUGUCCUGUUAUAUAAUUCGGUCCAGAAAAAAUAGGCAACAAAUGCUUGAUUAUUCGGAUGCUUUUAAUACAAGAAGAAUAUCAUGGAGUGCACCUAAACGUUUUGAAAACAUCGCACCAGAAAGCGGUAUAGAAGCCUUCGAGGGUAAUGAUGUCAUACCGAAUCCGACUGUAUCCUACAUUGAACCAGAAGAAGCUACGUCGUAUAGAAAUUGGAAUGUUCAAGCAGAUUGUGCUCCUUAUAGACUAGCUUGGCUUAGUCCACCAACUGAAGAAGAAAUGGAUAGAGAAGCAACACCGCCAACUUAUUAUGAAUCGGAAAGUCUUAGAGGCUCGCCGCCUCGAAAUGUUCAAAGAGUACCUAAGGAACAUCAAACCCCUCUACCAUUUCCAAAUUUAUCGUCAACUCCGCAAAUCGCUCCUCCGCACUCGAAUCAUGCAUCUCCCGGUUUUUUGAAUGAAGUUUGCGCCUCAGAACCAAGGAUGACAAGAUAUUCGACGUCGGAUGGUUGUGAUUGGUUAUUGCCUAGUUAUGACUUUAAAAGAAGAUCCUUACCGGUUAACUCUAUUCCUUUUAUGCAAUAUUGUUUCCGGAGAAGAAAUAAUGAGGGUCCUCCACCCUACGAAGAGUCAUUGGUUAAUUAUACAAAGAAUCUGUUAGCUUCAGUUAAUUACACGGAGAUGAUUGAUAGAGAAGCAGUUGAAAAGAGUCCUUCUAGUGAACAGGACGAAACACCUGCCCUACCCGACAUACUCGGUGAAACUCCUCUACCGUCUUUUGAACAAUCUGUUACAUCUAAUAUACUUGAGCAAACUCCUCAAAGCUAUGUUCCAAAUUAUCCUAUUCCCGCUAAUAGUGGAAUUUCUUCGGCCCCGGUCAACAUGUUGGGAACCCCGAUGCGAACAGCGAACGUAGUUCCCCGUCAGGUUAACUCGCCUGGAGGCCCGGGUAUUGGUCCUUCGUCAGCCUCAUCCGUUGUUCAAAGUUCGUUAAGCAUGCAAUGGGACUAUGGAGAUGCUUUCUUACCAGAUGGCGCUACUCAACAUUGGAUUUAG